AUGGUGUCUCGCGGCCGCUAUCGCCGAUUAUCGUUGCUCUCGGCAAUUCUAAUCCUAUCUCUUGGCCUCUUGGCCUUUUCUAGCCAUCAUCGCCGUGUGCCAGCCGUGACCUCGUUCAAAGAGCGAUACCCUUUGCUCUGGAAACACGUGCAUACCUUUGAAGGACGUGGUGGAGUGUGGUAUAUACCGACAAAUUGGGUGCAGCCAAAUCCUCAACCUCGAACUAUUAUCGAAGCCGCACAGUUGGCAAUCCAAGCGACUGCCCUUGGCAGAGCACACCGUUUCAUGCCCCAUUCACUAAUUCCCUUGAUCGUCCAUCAGGCAUGGGGCCACCGACAAAUCAAUACUUGGCCAGAGGAUUUGCGGCUCAGUGUCGAGAAAUGGCUGCAGUUCGUGGUCGAGGGUGAAAUGGCAUAUUUCCUUUGGGAAGAUGAGGGCGUAGUAGAGUUUAUCAACCAAUUUACGCCUGAAUCCCAUGAGCACUAUACAUCGCUGCCAUCAAUGGUUGAGAAAACAGACUACUUUCGUAUCCUAGUCGCUACAUAUGUUGGUGGGAUCUAUGGGGAUCUCGAUACUGUGCCACUCAAGUCACCUGCUCAAUGGAUUACUUCACAGGAGGUUCUGCCAUGGACAGACCUCGAGACUAUAUUCGUCUAUAACUCUACGAAGCCCGUCAGGGCGAUUUUCGGCAUUGAAGCUGAUUACGGCGGGAAGGCCAAGCUAGUGGACGAUGUGUUAAUACUUCCCAUUACUAGUUUUAGAGGAAAGUACGGCAACAUGGGCUCUAAACCCAUCACAGAUCCCACAGCACUAGUGCACCAUCAUGGCCAAGGGUCAUGGAAGAAAUUUAACACCGUCACCGAGCCCAAUCAAGCCUCUGGAUUACGUUACAUAGAGGUGGCCGCCUUAGGGCCACGCAAAAUGUUAGACUGGCUGAAGGCCCUAUUUGCGAAAAAGGAAGAGUCGACCGCACCCUCGCGAAGAGCCAAGAGGGCAACGAAACGCGCGAGAAAGGCGCGGGCGAAACGACGGGCUGAGCUGGAAGAGGAACUCAGACGUAGGAGGAUGGGAGAUGGAAAAGUUCCCUUCUUUAUGGGUUCUGUGAUACCCGUCUUAUGGGGCACGCCGGGGCAGAGUGUUGAGAAGCAACAUGAUCGGAAUACUGUUGUGAGGUAG